AUGAAUUCGCUCGAUUUCGCGGCCAACGACCGGCUGAUCGAGCGCUGGCGCGAAUUCGCCGCCGAUGACGAGGCGCGGGUCGCCGUCAUCACCGGCGCGGGCGACAAGGCGUUCUGCGCCGGCGCGGACCUCAAGACCUACACGAUGAACUAUGCCGGGCGGCCUGCGCCCGAGUUUCGCACGCGGUUUACCGACGGGCCCGGCUUCGGCGGCAUCACCCGGGGGCUUGAGAUCGACAAGCCGAUCAUCGCGGCGGUCAACGGCUAUGCGAUCUCCGGCGGGCUGGAGCUCGCCGAGGCCUGCGACAUCCGCUUCUGCUCGCCCAACGCCGAGUUCGCCCAUCAGGACGUGAACUGGGGCUUCCACCCGUGCGACGGCGGCUGCGUGCGCUUGCCGCAGAUCGUGGGCCUCGGCAAUGCCAUGGAAAUCAUCCUCUCGGGCCGGCGCAUCGACGCCGAGCACGCGCUCCGCAUCGGCCUCGUCAACCGCAUCGUGCCCUGCCGCCGACCUGGUGGCGGAGACCAUGGAAUUCGCCGCGCUCGUGGCGAGCCGGGCGCCGCUCGCCCAGCGCUUCGCCAAGGACGUCAUGUUGCGCGCCUUCGAUAUGCCGCUCGCGGAUGGGCUCCGCCUCGAAUCCCGCUCGUUCUACGAUCUCGGCGGCACUGA